AGAACUGCAGAAUACACCUGAUGCUGUCCCUGACAGUGGAAUUGAACCCCCUCCUCUCGACACAGCUUGGGUUGAAGCUACACGCAAAAAAGCUCUUCUUAAACUGGAGAAACUCGACACAGAUCUGAAAAAUUACAAAGGGAACUCCAUCAAGGAGAGUAUCAGGAGAGGCCAUGAUGACUUAGGUGAUCAUUACCUUGACUGUGGGGACCUCAGCAAUGCUCUCAAGUGUUACUCACGAGCCCGUGAUUACUGCACCAGUGCUAAACAUGUUAUCAACAUGUGUCUCAAUGUCAUCAAGGUCAGUGUCUACCUCCAGAAUUGGUCUCAUGUUCUGAGCUAUGUAAGCAAGGCUGAGUCUACACCAGAAAUUGCAGAACAAAGAGGAGAAAGAGACAGCCAGACACAAGCAAUUCUCACCAAACUGAAAUGUGCAGCAGGCUUGGCUGAACUAGCUGCUCGGAAGUACAAACAGGCAGCAAAGUGCUUCUUGCUGGCAUCAUUUGAUCACUGUGAUUUCCCUGAGCUGUUAUCUCCUAGCAAUGUGGCUGUGUAUGGUGGUCUCUGUGCCCUUGCUACCUUUGACCGUCAGGAACUGCAACGAAAUGUUAUCUCCAGCAGCUCCUUCAAAUUAUUUUUGGAGCUGGAGCCACAGGUUCGUGACAUCAUCUUCAAGUUUUAUGAAUCUAAAUAUGCUUCAUGCCUGAAGAUGCUGGAUGAGAUGAAGGACAACCUGCUGCUGGAUAUGUACCUUGCACCUCAUGUCAGGACACUUUAUACCCAGAUUCGAAAUCGUGCCCUUAUCCAGUAUUUCAGCCCCUAUGUGUCAGCAGAUAUGCGCAAGAUGGCCACGGCUUUUAAUACCACAGUGGCUGCUCUGGAAGAUGAACUUACUCAGCUGAUCCUGGAGGGACUAAUCAAUGCCAGGAUAGACUCGCACAGUAAGAUUCUUUAUGCUCGAGAUGUAGAUCAGCGCAGCACAACUUUCGAGAAGUCGCUACUAAUGGGCAAAGAGUUUCAGCGGCGUGCCAAGGCGAUGAUCCUGCGAGCUGCAGUCCUGCGCAACCAGAUACAUGUCAAGUCUCCUCCAAGAGAAGGUAGCCAAGGGGAGCUUACUCCAGCUAACAGCCAGUCCAGGAUGAGCACCAACAUGUGAGAAACUUCGUGCGCUACCAAAAUAAAUGGUCCCCCCCGGACUGUUCCCAGUGUCUCACCCACUAACUGCUGAGCUUCAUGAACUGUCCCUGUCUCCCUCACUUCUUGCUCAGAUUGAGAGAUUCAGGGCUGCUGGUGGUUAAAAUGAAUAUUCCAAUAACUUCAGUUCUCCUCGAAAAGAAAUUCUUUCUGAAAACAGAUGACCCUGCAAUGGGUCAUCAUUUCAGUUUUGGUACAACAUCUUCCUCCGUUCUCCUCCUUCCACCACUCCAUAAAGAGCUGUCAGGUUAUUCAUACAGAUGCUGAUUUGAGAGUUUUUCAGCUGCUAUUAGUUUUCUUGUUUCAAAGCUGCAAAAAUAGUUAGUGUUAAUUUGAGUGGACAGGUGUGAUCUAAGAAGAAUUUUGCUGGCUUGAAAGUAUUGCCUUGGCUCUGAGCAAUGCUGAGCUUUCUGUUUAUUCCAGAUAAACUUACAAGUACAUUGCUGUCAGUUAUGGAGCUAGAGUUCUGAUGGGAGA